AUGGAAGGAAAUUCGAAAGACGAACUGAAAUUGCCUCCAGCUCGAGCACUUGUUCCUGGAACUGAUUUCACAGUUGAUUGGCAUUGCAAAACUGAUCCAAAAUAUGUGCAUUCAUUCCUUUCACAUGCACAUUCGGAUCAUAUUGCAGGAAUUCCUUCUUUUAAGCCACCUAGAGUUCUUCAUUGCACGCCAAUUACCGCAAAAAUCAUACUUUUGAGGUAUCCUAGACUUGCAAAAUGCAUUCAAAUUCACGAAUACAAUUCAGAGUUUAUUAUAGAUGCUAUUACUAUAAGAAUUAUUAAUGCAAAUCAUACUCCCGGUAGUUGUAUGUUCUUAUUUGAAACUCCUCUCGGAAGAAAAAUUUUACAUACAGGAGAUUUUCGCGCAGACAAUACAUUAAUCGAAUCAAUUAAGAAAUUCUGUCCUGUUAAUCAAUUGUUUAUAGAUUGCACGUAUGCUACAUCAAAAUUACUGUUUUUAUCAAGACAAGAAUGUAUUAAUUGGACGAUAGAAAGAGUAAUCGAAAAUAUGAAGUCAAACACACUAACAUUAAUAGGAACUUAUACUCUUGGCAAGGAAGAACUUGUUCUAGCCAUAUCAAACAAAUUAAGUAUUCCAAUAUACGCUCCAAAAGAUAGAUAUAAAGGUAUUGUUGAGAUGAUCAAAUGUGGUUAUUGCAGUGAAUCAUGCUUUACUAACGAUCCUACCAAAACUCGUGUUUAUCUCGUACCAAUAAUGGAUUGCAAUAGUGUUUCUGCUUCUGUUUGGGCGAAACAGAAUGGGUAUUCGUCAGUUUGUGCUAUUGCCGCUACAGGAUGGAGUGGAAAAGCAGGUUGGAAAAAUCCACAAAUUACGUAUCAAGGACCAAUUAAAGUUACACUUUAUGAAGUUCCUUACAGUGAUCACUCAUCACCUCAGGAGCUAUUAAACUUCGUCAAAGUUGUAAAACCAAAAAAAUUGGUUUCUACAACUUCAAGAUCACAGAAAGAAGAAGAUAAGAUUCAGCAAAUGUUCCUUCCAUUUAUUAGAAAAGAGAAAAGCCGCGGUUUCAUUGACUUUUACACAAAAUAA